AUGGGAAGCAGUGAUAGGAAAAUCACCUGGGAUGGAUUCAAGGUGGCUUUUGAUGAUAAGUAUUUCCCACCUUGUGUAAAGCAAAAGAAGAUCUUUGAGUUCAUGCAUUUAACUCAAGGAAACCAAACAGUGAUGAUGUAUGAGAGGAAGUUUGAGGAACUAUCUAGAUACGCACCACACAUGGUGAGUACGAAGGAGAUGAAGGCUCGACAGUUCGAGCAAGGCUUAAGGGUGGAGAUCCAGAAGAGUAUUUCUCCCAUGCAACUGAAGACAUAUGCUGAAGUAGUCCACAAAUCUCAGAUUUAUGAGGCUGUGGAGAAGAAUGCAACAAAGGAUGAAGAAGUUGAACCAAAGAAAAAGUUCAAGAAGAGUUUUGCUACCCAUGCAGCAAACAAGGACAAUUGGAAGAAAUUCCAUAAGAAAAAGCCCCAAGGAAAUGUUGACUGCAAGAAGUGUGGAGCAGCCAGAGUGAAACCCCCAAGGAGGGCAAGCCAAUCAAAACUCCCAGAACAGAAAGGACACUUAAGGAAACUAGAAGCCAAGAGCCUCUGGUGGGUUUUCGCAAUGACUAAGAAGGAUGCAGAGGCGUCUCCCUCUGUUGUGGCAGGUAUGCUGAAAAUCUCUGGAAUACCUGCUUAUGUCCUAUUUGAUUCGGGAUCCACUCAUAGUUUUGUAUCGAGUACCUUUGCUACUAAAUUGAAUGUUGUGUCUAAAGUUUUGAAUUACCGGUUGUGUGUGUCUAUACCUUCUGGAGGAAUGAUAGAGACAGAAUUAAUUUGUGAAGCAUGUGAUGUGGAGAUUAUGGAUAGAAAAUCAACUACUGACUUAAUUCUGUUAGAAAUGAAGGAUUUUGAUGUUAUACUUGGAAUGGAUUGGCUAGCAACAUAUCAUGCGAGUGUUCUUUGUUUUGAAAAGAGAGUGGUUGUAAGACCUAUGAAGGAACCAGAGUUCAAAUUUUCUGGGAUGAUGAUAGGAACCCCACCAUCGGUGAUAAUUUAG